AAUCGAUAUGACAUGCCAUUUGCACCAUUUGUGGGUGUGAAUCAUCAUGGUGAAACUAUAUUAUUUGGAUGUGGCUUAAUCUCAAAUGAAGAUACACAAACUUUUGUUUGGCUCUUUAAAGCUUGGCUUGAUUGCAUGGAGGGUUGUGCUCCAAAUGCAAUUAUAACCGAUCAAGACCGGGCUAUGCAAAAUGCAAUUCAAAUUGUAUUCCCAGAAACGAGGCACUGUUGGUGCUUGUGGCAUAUCAUGAGGAAGCUACCUGAAAAAAUGGGUGGGUUUGCGGACAAAGACAAAAUAAUGUUCAACAUUCACGACCUAGUUUAUGAUUCACAACAUCAUACUGAGUUUGAGGCAGGCUGGCAAGCUAUGCUCCAUAGGUUUUCUCUUCACCACGAUGAGUGGCUGGGUGUGAUGUACAACGAACGUCAUCGUUGGGUCCCGUGUUACUUGAAACCGUAUUUUUGGGCAGGUAUGUCAACCACUCAACGAAGUGAAAGUGUUAACGCCUUCUUUGGUGAGUAUGUUCAUUCUAAAACUAGUCUAAAACAGUUCGUGGAUCAAUAUGGGCGCGCUAUGAGAAAGAAGAUUGAAAACGAAUUUCAAGCCGAUGGCCUUUCUUUGACUAAAAUGAUUCCAUGUGUUACGUCGUUUGCAAUUGAAAAACAAGUGCAACGUGUUUACACCAUAGCCAAGUUCAAAGAAUUUCGAACCCAAUUACUUGAUCAAUUGUAUUGUUAUGUCAUACCAAUGAUGGAUGGUAAGACAUAUGAAGUGAAAGAGAAUCGUGUCAUCAAUGGGUUUGAUAAGAGUUGGACCUUCAUUGUUGAGUAUGAUGUUUCUACAUCUAAAGGAAUGUGUAGUUGCCACUUGUUCGAGUUUCGAGGCAUUUUGUGUAGACAUUUUCUUAUGGUGGCACUAAGAUAUAAUGUCAAAGUGUUGCCUGAUUGUUACAUACUACCAAGGUGGCGGCGAGACAUCAAAAGAGCUUACACCCGAGUGAAGAUCAAUUACGACGGGUGGAUAACUACGGUGGAACAAGAAAGGUUUGAUAGGUUGUGUACGACAUUUGAGACCCUUGCAAACACCAUUGCCGAUGAUCCGGAAAAAUGCAAGAGCGUUAUGAUGUGGCUGGAACGGCAAUUGGAACUACAUAAACCCGCUCCUCCAUAUCAUUCCUCUAUAUGUGGUGUGUUGACACCGUUACCGGUACCGGAUAGUGGUGUGCAUGCGGAAGUACCACAACAAAUUAAGGAUCCAAAGUCAGCAAAACGCAAAGGCGCUCCCAAGAAAAAUCGUUUGAAGGGGCCGCUGGAAAAGGGGAAAUCCAAGUCAAAGCCAAAUACGCACAAGAAACGAAGCACAAUGGACAAUGCUCGACAGGAGUACGCUGGACAGGGGUUCGCGGGACAGCCGUACACUGGAGAAGGCUACGGUGGAGAGGGGUUCGCGGGACAGCCGUACACUGGAGAGGGCUUCGUUGGAGAGGGGUACCAUGGUCAAUAUGAUUAUGGUGCAGUCAACAAUAGUAUGACACUACAAUAUCAAGACAGUUUAGAUUUAAAUCUGACUUUGUUUUGAGACAUAUGGCACUUUUUAAGUACUUAUUUGAAAUACAUUAGAAUGUUAUGUUUUUUUGUGUGGUGUAG